GUCAUGCAGUCUGUUUGGUGGAUCAUCAUGUGCAAAGCCGCAAGCGUCAGACUGGUCCAGGCUGAGCCUGAAUCUUGGGUUGAUGUGGCAGGGCAAAAUGGUGGACAUCCGCUGUUAGGAAUGAAGCUCAAGUCUGAGGAGGGACCAUAUUGCGGGGCGUUUCUGAACGGCCGAAGCAUUCUCUUUGUAUCUGCUUGUGGUCGAGCACCGCCGGGCUGACGCAUAAACGGGCAAGGUCAAACCUUCGGGCUGGCAGGUCUCGUCUCUAGGUCCUCGUCACAGAUGUUAAGGGGUGUGUGAGUAAAGAAGCUUGGCGGGAGUGGAAGAAAUGGAGGUCGUUCCCGCAAAGGCUGUGGCUAGAGGGGUGGACAAUGCGGACGAGCCGCGUGAGGGGGGGCAGGAGUCGGUAGUGGUGGAGAAGCGGGGCGGCCACGCCGCGUACUGCAAAUGGACCAUCGCUCAGUUUGGCAAGGUCAAGCAGCGCUCUCUGUGGAGCAGAUAUUUUGAAGUAGGCGGCUAUGAUUGCCGGCUGCUAGUCUACCCUAAGGGCGACUCCCAGGCCCUCCCAGGCUACGUCUCCAUCUACCUCCAAGUUUGCGACCCCCGGGGCAACUCGGCGCGCUGGGACUGCUUCGCGAGUUACAGGCUGUGCGUGGUCAACUGCAUAGACCCAGCCAAGUCCAUCCAGCGGGACUCCUGGCACCGCUUCAGCGGCAAGAAGAAGAGCCACGGCUGGUGCGAUUUUGCGCAGGCGUCGGUUCUGGUGGACCCCAGCCAGGGGUUUCUGGUCAGCGACGCCGUCCUGAUCAGCGCAGAGAUCCUGGUGCUCCACGAGUCUGUCUCCUUCUCCAGGGAGAAUGAGCUCGCGCUCUCAGUUGGCCCCACGCCUGAGGUCCUGAGCGGCAAGUUUACAUGGAAGGUGCACAACCUCUCUCUCUUCAAGGAGAUGAUCAAGACGCAGAAGAUCAUGAGCCCGGUCUUUCCCGCUGGGGAGUGCAAUCUGCGCCUCAGCGUGUAUCAGUCCUCCGUCGGGGGGGUGGACUACCUCUCCAUGUGCCUAGAAAGCAAGGACACGGAAAAGUCCGGUCAGGUCGAACGCAGCUGCUGGUGUCUCUUCCGGAUGUCGGUUCUUAACCAGAAGGGGGGGUCAGGCCACAUGCACCGGGACUCCUACGGCCGCUUUGCUGCGGACAACAAGAGCGGGGACAACACGUCGCUAGGCUGGAACGACUACAUGCGGAUGAAUGACUUCCUGAACCCUGAGACGGGGUUCCUGGUUGAGGACACGGCGGUGUUCAGCGCGUCGUUCCAUAUCAUCAAGGAGUCGAGCAGCUUCUCCAAAAACCUGUCGCCAGGGUUUGCUGGGGGGCGGGCCGGGGGCGGGUCGAAGAAGAGCGAUGGUUUUCAGGGAAAGUUCCUGUGGCGGAUUGAGAACUUCACCAAGCUGAAGGACCUGCUGAAGAAGCGCAAGAUCACGGGCCUCUGCAUCAAGAGCCGGCGCUUCCAAGUCGGGAACAGGGACUGCCGCCUGAUUGUGUAUCCCCGAGGCCAGUCGCAGCCCCCCAUGCAUCUGUCCAUGUUCCUGGAGGUCACCGACCCCCGCUCCGCCGGCAUUGACUGGUCCUGCUUCGUCAGCCAUCGCCUGUCGGUCGUCAACCAAAAGGCCGACGACCGGUCUGUCAACAAAGAGUCCCAGAACCGAUACUCCAAGGCCGCAAAAGACUGGGGCUGGCGCGAGUUCAUCACGCUCACCGCGCUCUUCGACCAAGACUCGGGGUUUCUGGUGAACGACACCGUGGUCUUCUCGGCCGAGGUACUGAUUCUAAAGGAGACCGCGAUCGCGUCGGAGCCUCCUCCCGAUCUGGGGCUGCCUGCGCCGGGGGGGUGGGACGGCGGCCGGCCGGCGGUGCUGGGGUCGUACCGGGGGCUGUUCACGUGGCGCGUCGAGAACUUCCUGGCGUUCAAGGAGAUCAUGGAGACGCGCAAGAUCUUCUCCAAGUUCUUCCAGGCCGGGGGGGUGGAGCUGCGGAUCGGCGUGUACGAGUCGUUUGACACGCUGUGCAUCUACCUGGAGAGCGACGCGGCCACGGUGGCGGCGGACCUGGACCGCAACUACUGGGUGCGCUACCGCAUCGCGGUCAUGAACCAGAAGCACCCGGAGCGGACCGUCUGGAAGGAGUCCUCCAUCUGCACGCGCACCUGGAACAACAGCGUGCUGCAGUUCAUGAAGGUGUCCGACAUGCUGGAUCCGGACGCCGGAUUCGUUGUUCGCGAGGCCGUCGUGUUCACGUGCGAGGUGCUGGACUGCUGCCCCUGGAUGGAGUUUGCGGACCUUGAAGUGUUCCUGUCGGACGACGAGCCGGACGAUGCGCUCAGCACGGAUCCGGACGACUUCCUAGAUUCGGACGACAGCGAGGACGGCUUCGAGGGGGACGACGAGGACCUGUUCCGGACGCUUCUUGCGAGGACCGGUUUCCACCUCGGGAACCCCUCCGACGGUCCCCCUGCGCUGCUGCUCGACCCGAUGCAGCUCCAGGCUGCGCUCCAGGAGCGCCUCCUAAUGGACCCGUCCUCAGUCGGCGCCUUCCUCACCGGGCUCCGGUUGUACCUCGACGAGCCGAACAAACUUAAGCGGCUGCUGAUGCCCACCAAACUUCCGGGCAUGCUCGGCAAGGGCCGGGGCGACGCCGGGGAGUAUUCACACCCGUUCGCGGCGCCCAGCCUGAUCGACCUGCUCAUGGGUGUGAAGGUGCUCCAGCAGGACGUGCUGGACUUGCUGCUGGACAUCAUGGUCGUGUGCUGCACGCCGCAGCAGCGCGGGGGGGAGGAGUUCCGAGCGCCGCCGGAGGGGGGGGAGCCUCCGGUCGCAGAAGCGACCGAGCCGUGGCCGUUUUGGGCGGACCACAGGGGGCAGGUCACUGGAGGGGGGGAGGCGCCGAGCCAUUCUCGGCAUCAUGGGGGGAGGGGAGUGCCGGAUGCAGAGCCCCCCCAGCAGCUGCAGCACGUGCGGUUCGGGGGGGGUGAGGGCGGCGUCGUCGACGAAAGGUUCACAGUCCGAGGGGACUCGGAGUGCGUCCGGAGCGACGCAGCGAGGGCCGAGAUGACGUCAUCGUCGAUCGACCCCGGCCCGCCGGUUCUCAACAGCGGGCUGAAGCACGCCGCGGCCUCGCAACCGUCGGUUUCGGCGCCCAGAACGCCCCCCCGAGUGAAUACCCCUCCGCAGGCGUCGGAUGCUUCUGCAGUCGAAAGCGUGACCCCCGACGACGUCAGCGAGUCAUCGUCUCUGGACCCCUCCCACGCUGUUCCUGCGUCGGAGCUAGACGCGCCCCCAGAGCCUGAUAGCGGGUCGGGGCCGUUACCAGCGCACGCCGAACCGUUACCGAACGUGCGGGGCGGGGGAGCGCACCAUCGAGUGCGGAGUAGUUGGCAGGAGGAGAGCGAGGAGCUGCUCGGGUUGAUUGUGAACGCGCUGCGACAGCUGGACGGCAUGAUGCCGCACCACGCGGAGCUGGGAGAGCCGCAGGACAGCGGGCCGAGGCGGCCGCACUCGGCACAGAAAGUCGAGCUGGUCUUGGAUCGCGCGCCCCAGCACCUCCUCCCCGACCUCAUCGCGCUCGCGCCCAAAAUGGUGGACCGAGACGAGCACGUCGCAAUCGCUGCGUCGCUCGUGGGCCGCCUGAGUAGUCCCGAGACGGACCUCAAUCUGCGGCUGCCCCUCUUGGCGUCGGUCAGCCACCUGGAAGUGGGCGCAGAGGCGUGGGAACAGGUCUUGGCGCAUGGGCUGGAGCUGAUGCAGGUCCUGAACGACGACGAGUCGCUCGCCGCGACCAUCAGCUUCGUCCUCAAGGCCGCCGCCGAUAGCGGCAACCUGCCCGCGGCCGCGUACGCGAUCCGCACCAAGCUCAAGCGCCUCGGCCCCGCGAUCCCCCCCCUCGUGCUCGACGUCAUCCGGUCCACCGUCUGCCUCCGUGCUGACGUGGCAUCCGCGCUGCUGCACGACGUCGACUCGGACGAGGAGCGCGCGUCGCUCGACAGCGUGAACGGCCGCGCCGCAGCCGCGGCCGCGCAGGCCGCGCACUCGAUGAUGUUCGGCGCGGACGUCUCCGGGGAGGUCAUGUUCGCCGACGGGAUGAUCCCCGACAUGGGCGGCGGGAUGUUCGGCGGCGACCCAGGGGCCGCCCUCGCGGCCGCGCAGGCGACCGCCGCCGCCUGCUGGCGCAUCGCGGAUGUCGACAUCCUCGUGGAAAUGCUCACGGUCCCCGCGCUCCGGCUCGAAGCGCAGCGGGUGUUUGAGAGCGCGAUCUCGCGGGGGGUGUUUGGGGAUCAGGCGGUCGCGGUGGUUUUGGAACGGCGGCGGUCGCAGCGACUGAUUUUGGACCUGAGGCUGAGUGUGGCGCCCCCGGUGGGGGGGUCCGACGGGCAGGUGGGCGCCCCCCCCGAGGACGACGAUUUUCCGGCUGUGCUGGCGCUCGCGGAGGCUCUGGCCGCGAGCAAGGACGUGCGGGCACGGGAGUACGUCAGCACGCUAUACUCGAUCAUGUUCAAGGUGUACGGGGACGAGAGUUCCCGUGAGCGCAUGCUGCGUGGCAUCGUGGACCGCGCAUGCAGCAGCUGUCGGGAGAGCGGGAAGCCGUCGCUGGACUCGGACCUCGGUUUGGACGUCCUGUCGUUUGUUGUCCGGGAGGAAGACGGGGCUGCUCAGCCCGCCUUGACAAUGCUAAGGCAAGCGGUGGAGGGCGCCUACGCAGAGCGAGCCGCGGUGGCGCGACAGCUGGCAACUACGGAGGAAGAGCUCGGCAAGCUGAAGGCGAACAAGGCGGGGGAGAUCCUGCGCUUGACCAAGGAGAGGGCCGAUCUGCAGGCCAAGCUGGCAGAGGCGGAGCAAACCGCACAGAAAGCCAAGGCUGAGGCGAAGACGGAGGCGGAGCGCGUGCGGCGGGAGGGCAAGGAGGGCGCGGAGCGCGUGCGCGAGCUGGAGGGGCAACUAGAGUGGGUGCGCAGCGAGCGCGAGGAGGAGGUGCAGACGCUCAAGGCGGAGCGGAAGGCGCUCGAGCAGCGCGCCCGAGAGGCCGAGGCGCAGCUCGCGCAGAUCAAGAGCCGCAAGAAGGACGAGCUUAAGCGCGUGAUGAAGGAGAAGAACGUGCUGGCGGAGCGGCUCAAGACGGCGGAGACGUCGCGGCAGAAGUUCGACGAGGAGAUGAAGCGCGUCACGAGCGAGACGGUGGGCAAGGACGAGCUGCGCAAGACGCUCGAGAACGAGGUCCGCCGGCUCAACUCCAGGAUGGGCCAGACCGAGACGGGCCUCCGCGAAAAGGAGGAGCAGAUCCUGCGCUGCGAGGCGUACAUCGACGGCAUGGAGGCCAAGCUGCACGCGCACCAGGACUACAUCCAGACGCUCGAGGCCAGCCUGCAGGAGGAAAUGCAGCGGCACGCGCCGCUCUACGGUGCCGGCCUCGAGGCACUGAGCCUGAGCGAGCUGUCCACGUUGGAGCGGAUCCACGACGAGGGGCUCAAGCAGGUGAGGGCCCUGCAGCAGCAGCGGUCGGCGCCGUCCCGGCCCGGCUCAGGGCACGGUCCGCUGCCCAACGGGUCAGCGGGGCCUUCGAGCGGGGGCGCGGUCGUGCGGCCGAUCGGCGCGGAGAUGAAGGGCGCCGGGGGGCGGCCGAAUGGGAUUGGGAUGGGGAUGGGGGGGAUGUCGCAGGGGGGCGGGAUGGGGGGGAUCUCGGAGGCGGGGGGGAUGGGGGGAAUGUCGCAGGCAGGGGGGAUGGGGGGCAUGUCGCAGGCAGUGGGGGCGAUGGGGGGGGUGGGGGCGAGUUUGUUUGGGGGAGUGCAAGCCGGGGGACAGCCCCGGGCCGUGGCUUCGAGCAGGAGCAUGAGUCCGGCGCCGCCGAACGGGGGGGUGGGGAAUGGGGCGCACAUGAAUGGGAACCAUGUGAACAUGAACAGCUGGUUCCAGCCUGUAUAGAAGGGGGCGCGAUCAAAAGAGUGCGGUUGUGAGCGUGAGUAGAGUAAUUGUGCAAACGCGUACUUUUGAGUGAGGUGCACAACGUCUGUAGAGGUGUUGGUGUCACAACCUGUCAAAGAGACACGGCCCAGCAUUGUCAUUGAUUGGUUGUAUCCGGAACAGUGCUGCAUAAAUCAAUCGUGCGUGCACGCUUUCGG